AUGGAAAACAAACAAACAGCUAAAAGGAUGAUUUUCUACAGAGAUGGUGUGAGUGAAGGUCAAUUCAGUAAACUUUUACUCCAUGAAAUGGAUUCUAUUCGUAAGCAGCGUAUGAAGAGAUUUGGUGAUAAUAGAGUAAAUAAAGUUGGCUACUUUUUGGUGUUUAGGCUUCUGACACUUCUAAUUUUCUUCCUUCCUCCAGGCUAUGCCUCAUUCGGUGAAAAAUAUUCACCACCAGUUACGUUUGUUGUGGUUCAGAAGAGGCAUAAUAGUCGCUUAUUUCCUACUAACCACAAUGACCGUAGUAAAACUGAUAAGAGUGGCAAUGUCUUGCCAGGUACUGUUGUGGACACCAAGAUUUGUCACCCCACUGAGUUUGAUUUUUAUCUCUGUUCAAUUAUUUUUCUUGUGCAGGGAACCAGCAAGCCCACCCAUUAUCAUGUCCUGUAUGAUGAAAACGGGUUCAGUGCAGACAGUUUGCAGACGCUCACCUACAAUUUAUGUUAUACGUAUGCAAGGUGUACUAGAUCGGUUUCCAUAGUGCCGCCAGCUUAUUAUGCUCAUCUAGAUGCUUUUAGGGCACGGUGUUAUGUCGAAGAAGAGAUGUCGGCCAGUGGCUCUAUGGGUGGAAGCCGAAAACCAAAGGACCAGAAUGCCGAGGUUCGUCCCCUGCCCAGCAUCAAAGAAAAUGUGAAGGAAGUAAUGUUCUACUGCCGAGUAAACUUCUAACCCUUGAAAUUACAGAUUCGUUUUAG